GCCAAUAGUCGGACGACGUUCUUUCCGAGUGUUUCCGAAGUCUAACCUCAUUUCAUCAUACAUUGGCGUCAAUUGGCGUAUAGUUGUUGUAGCAUUUGUAGCGUGUAUGCUACAGAGAACUAGAAAAAAAUCGAGUCUUUGUUGUUAGGAUUAAAACUAUUUUAUAUUGUUUUAAAUUUUGCCCAGAGGAUGUCCGAGGACAGUAAUGUACUGUUCAUACGAGGAAAUAGAAGUAAGAGUGAUAAUGAAGAUGUCUGGGACGAUACCGCGUUGAUACAAGCAUAUGAUAAGGCUGUAAACUUGGCCAAGGAAGAAGUAGCAAAGCGUAUUGCUAUGGACACUCAGACUCAACAUGCAAAACAAAAGUCACAGAAUUCGAAAUGUUCAAAUUACAAACAAAAAUCUUUUAAGAAAUGGACCGUUGGUGCUCCAUGUCGUGCUGUAUAUUCAGCAGAUGGACAAGUGUAUGAAGCCACUAUAUCGAAAAUUUAUCAAAACUCUGGCAUGUGUACAGUGAAAUUUGUUGGAUAUCAGAACACAGAAAAAGUGGCAAUAAAUUCUCUUCUGGAAUCUGAAGGAUUGCAGAGUCAAAUUGCUCAGCAAAAAGAAGCAUUAGCACAAAAGGAUAAUGAGGAAUCCAUAGAGUCUGAUACAUCCACAUCUAAUCUGCAGGGCUCCAAACAAAUUAAUGGCGAGAAAAUGGAUUGUGAUACAGAGGAUCCUAGGUUAUUUAAGAAUAGUUUUAUGCCUGGACUUGGAUAUUUUAAUCCAAUAUUAGAUACAAUGCCACCUGCACCACCCUUACCACCAUUAAUGGCUAAGUUACCAGAAAAUGAUGGGGAUGCAUUGUCUAGUAUGUUAAUGUCAUGGUAUCUAAGUGGAUUUCAUACAGGUUAUUAUCAUGGGUUAAAGCAAGCUAAAGUUAGGCAGCAGCAAAGAAGAAACUGUCAAUAAUCUGUAUGAAAAUGAUUAUUUUUCCUCAGUAUACAAUAUAAUAUUAAUUUACUCAUUGUGUUGAUAAACGAAUUUUUCUUAAUAAAAUGUUUUACAUUUAAAU